CACCUCGAUAAAUACCAAUAGUCGUAUCUCUCUAAGAUAGCCGCUUUCAUCUCUCUCUCUCUCUGUCUCUCUCUCAUCAGUCUCCUCCUUCAAAGGUGAGAAGAUGAUCAUCAAUAUCACAGAGUCGUCCAUGGUGCAACCAGCACAAGAUGCUCCAAUACCUAUCCUACGACUCUGUACCCUGGAUCAGGUGAUGUUGAGAAUGCACAUCCCAACCAUCUAUUUCUACAGGCCCACCAAUGGAUCUUCCAACUUCUUCGAUCCUGAAGUGCUCAAGUCUGCACUGAGCGAAUCCCUAGUCCCAUACUACCCUAUGGCCGGAAGGCUGAGGAAAGACGAGGAUGGACGGCUGGAGAUCGACUGCAAUGGAGAAGGUGCUCUGUUCGUCGAGGCGUACACAGAUUCAGUUAUCGAUGAGUUGGGAGACUUCACGCCAACACCAACGUCAGAACUUAAAUGUCUCGUUCCAAGGGUUGACUACAACAAGGACAUGUCUUCUAACCCUAUCCUCGUAGUGCAGGUGACUUACUUCAAAUGUGGAGGCGUCUCACUAGGUGCGGCCUCCACCCACGUAGUUGCAGACGGUCCUUCACAGUUCAAUUUCAUCAAACACUGGGCAGAAGUAGCUCGCGGGAUCGAACCCACCAUCCAACCAUUCGUCGACCGAAGUAUAGUACGAGCUCGGGACCCACCCACACCAUCCUUCAAACACAUCGAAUUCCAACCACCACUUCUCAUGGACAACCCCCCAAAAUCCCCCAUGGAAAACAGACCUGCCGUCGCCCUCUUAAAAAUCUCUUCCGACCAGCUAAACCUCCUCAAAUCCAAAUGCAAAGAUGAAACAAACGACAAUGUUAGAUACAGCUCCUUCGAAGCUCUAACCAGUCAUGUAUGGCAGUGCAUGUGCAAAGCUAUAGAAAUCCCCAAAGACCAACAGACUAGAAUCUUCAUCCCUGUAAAUGGACGAGCACGUCUCCGUCCAGAACUUCCAUUGGGCUUUUUCGGCAAUGCCAUUUUUACAACCACAUCAUCUGCAGCCGCAGGCGAUAUCGCUUCAGAGCAACUACCAAAUACGGUAGCUAGAAUUCGUGAUUCGUUAGUACGGAUGGAUGAUGAGUACCUUAAAUCGGCAUUGGAUUACUUGGAAGUCCAACCUGAUCUGACACCGUUCAUUCGUGGGUCUGUCCCGUUGGGCCAUCCAAGCGUUUCUAUAGUGAGUUGGGUGCAGCUACCUGUCUAUGAUGCGGAUUUUGGGUGGGGCGCCUAUGUAUAUGGGUCCAGUUGCAAUUUUCUUUGAAGGUCAGGCAUUCGUGCUUCCAGAUUCUACCAAUCGUAGGAGCGUUGUGCUGGCUGUCUCUGUGAGACCGGAAUUCAUGGAAUCCUUCCAGAAGUAUUUCUGGGAGUUUGAGAAAUAGAGGGUUUUUUGUGGGACCCACAAAUAAAAAUGUUUCUACAAAUGAUAUAUAUGAGGGGUGUUGGUAAUUCACGUUCGUUUGUUUGUGUUUUGAUAUGGUGAGUUACAAGAUUCUCUAGUGUAACAUUGGAGUCGUGUGGAAGGUACUUCACAUCGCAAA